AUGCCGCGCAGGUGUGCCCGGGCCCGCGCCGGGCCCCGCGGCUGGCUGUUCGAAGGAGCGUCCAAAGACAACACGCUCCGCACCAGGAGCCCUCUGCCAAUGCCCAUGUUUGUCUGUCGGAGUGCUCGCUGUGGGAUUGGCAAGGUCUCCGAAGACCUGGGUGGCGAGAAGUUCUGCGUGGACACCAGCCCGGCUGGGGCGGGAAGCUGGCUCAAGUACAUCCGUGUGGCGUGCUCCUGCGAGGACCAGAACCUCACCAUGUGUCAGAUCAACGAGCAGAUUUACUAUAAAGUCAUCAAGGACAUUGGGCCAGGGGAAGAGCUGCUGGUGCACGUGAAGGAAGGCUCCUACUCCCUGGGGACCGUCCCCUCCAGCCUGGAUGAGGAGCCCACAUUCCGCUGUGACGUGUGCGACGAACUCUUCCCGUCUAAGCUGGACCUGCGGCGACACAAGAAAUACGCGUGCGGCUCGGUGGGGGCCGCCCUCUACGAGGGCCUGGGCGACGCGCUCAAGCCCAAGGGCCUGGGCAGCGGGGGCAGCGACGGGCAGGCCCACGAGUGCAAGGACUGCGAGCGGCUGUUCCCCAACAAAUACAGCUUGGAACAGCACAUGGUCGUCCACACAGAGGAGCGAGAGUACAAGUGUGACCAGUGUCCCAAGGCCUUCAACUGGAAGUCCAACCUCAUUCGCCACCAGAUGUCCCACGACAGCGGCAAGCGCUUCGAAUGUGAAAACUGCGUGAAGGUGUUCACGGACCCCAGCAACCUGCAGCGGCACAUCCGCUCCCAGCACGUGGGAGCGCGGGCUCACGCCUGCCCGGACUGCGGGAAGACGUUCGCCACGUCCUCCGGCCUCAAGCAGCACAAACACAUCCACAGCACCGUCAAACCUUUCAUAUGUGAGGUCUGCCACAAGUCCUACACGCAGUUCUCCAACCUGUGCCGCCACAAGCGCAUGCACGCGGACUGCCGCACGCAGAUCAAGUGCAAGGACUGCGGGCAGAUGUUCAGCACUACCUCCUCCCUCAACAAGCACCGGCGCUUCUGCGAGGGCAAGAACCACUACGCGCCCGGGGGCAUCUUCUCUCCGGGCCUGCCCUUGACCCCCAGCCCCCUGCUGGACAAGGCGAAGCCGCCCCCCAGCCUCAACCACGCCGGCCUGGGCUUCAGCGAGUACUUCCCCUCCAGGCCGCACCCGGGGAGCCUGCCCUUCUCGGCAGCCCCGCCCGCCUUCCCCGCACUCACCCCCGGCUUCCCCAGCAUCUUCCCGCCGUCCCUCUACCCCCGGCCACCUUUGCUACCUCCCACUCCGUUGCUCAAGAGCCCCCUGAACCACACCCAGGACGCCAAGCUGCCCAGCCCCCUGGGGAACCCGGCGCUGCCCCUCGUCUCCGCCGUGGGCAGCAGCGGCCAGGGCACCGCGGCCGCCACGGGGCCCGAGGAGAAGUUCGAGGGCCGCCUGGAGGACGCGUACCCCGAGAAGCUCAAGACCCGCAGCAGCGACCUGUCGGACGGCAGCGACUUCGAGGACAUCAACACCACGACCGGGACGGACCUGGACACGACCACAGGCACAGGCUCCGACCUGGACAGCGACGUGGAAAGCGACCGCGACAAGGCCAAGGACAAGAGCCAGGCAGCAGAGGGCAAGCCCGAGUUCGGGGGGGGUGCGGUGCCCCCGGGGGCCCCCAAUAGCGUGAACGACGUGCCUGUCUUCUACGCCCAGCGCUCCUUCUUCCCGCCGCCCGACGAGCAGCUGCUGGCGGCGUCGGGCGCCACGGGGGACUCCAUCAAGGCGAUCGCCUCCAUCGCCGAGAAGUACUUCGGGCCGGGCUUCAUGGGCGCGCAGGAGAAGAGGCUGGGCGCUCUGCCCUACCACUCGGUGUUCCCCUUCCAGUUCCUGCCCGACUUCCCGCACGCGCUCUACCCCCUCGCCGACCGCACCCUCGCCCACAGCCUGCUGGUCAAGGCCGAGCCAAAGUCGCCCAGGGACGCCCUCAAGGGUGGCGGCCCCAGUGCCGAGUCCCCCUUCGACCUCACCACCAAACCCAAAGAGGCGAAGCCCAUCCUGCUGGCGCCCAAGGCCGCCUCGGCCUGCGCGGCGCAGCUGGCCCAGCAGCCCUCCCUGCACUACGCCAAACCCUCGCCGUUUUUCAUGGACCCCAUCUACAGGGUGGAGAAGCGGAAGGUGCCCGACCCCGUGGGAGUCCUAAAGGAGAAGUUCCUGCGGCCGCCCCCGCUGCUCUUCCACCCUCAGAUGUCAGCCAUUGAGACCAUGACGGAGAAGCUGGAGAGCUUCGCGGCCAUGAAGGCGGACUCCGGCGGCUCCCUGCAGCCCCUCCCCCACCACCCCUUCAACUUCCGGUCCCCGCCCCCGACGCUCUCAGACCCCAUCCUCAGGAAGGGCAAGGAGCGGUACACGUCCAGGUACUGCGGGAAGAUCUUCCCCCGAUCCGCAAACCUCACGAGACACCUGAGGACGCACACCGGGGAGCAGCCAUACAGGUGUAAGUACUGCGACCGGUCCUUCAGCAUCUCCUCCAACCUGCAGCGGCACGUCCGCAACAUCCACAACAAGGAGAAGCCCUUCAAGUGCCACCUGUGCAGCCGCUGCUUCGGGCAGCAGACCAACCUGGACCGGCACCUCAAGAAGCACGAACACGAGCACGCGCCAGUGAGCCAGCACUCCGGGGUCCUCUCGAACCACCUGGGGACCAGCGCCUCCUCCCCCACUUCCGAGUCGGACACCCACGCACUUUUAGAUGAGAAAGAGGACUCCUAUUUCUCUGAAAUCAGAAACUUCAUUGCCAACAGCGAGAUGAACCAAGCGUCCACGCGAACAGACACACGGCCAGAGGCCCAGGACCCGGACGGCGCCCCGCAGUGCCCGGGCCGAGCCGGUGGGAAGCCCGAGGAGGGCGAAGAGGAGGAGGAGCUGGAGGAAGACGAUGACAGCCUGGCGGGGAAGUCCCAGGAGGACACCGCGUCCCCCACGCCCGAGCCCCAGGGCCCCUAUGAGGAUGAGGAGGAGGACGACCCGCCCACCGCCCUGGCCGUGGGCUUCGACCGCCCCCGAAGGUGUGUUGAGCAGCAGCCGGCGGGCGGCCUGUUAGCUUUGGAGCCGAUGCCGACUUUUGGGAAGGGGCUGGAUCUGCGCAGAGCAGCUGAGGAAGCGUUUGAAGUUAAAGAUGUCCUUAAUUCCACCCUAGACUCUGAGGCUUUAAAACAGACCCUGUACAGGCAGGCUAAGAACCAGGCGUAUGCAAUGAUGCUGUCCCUUUCUGAGGACGCUCCUCUCCGCACCUCCGCCCAGAGCCCCCUGGACGCUUGGCUGAACAUCGCGGGAGCCACACCCGAGUCCGGAGCCUUUAACCCCAUCAACCACCUCUGAUCGGCCGGGGGGCUGGGGUCCACGACGCGACCUCGGGCCCCAAGUCCCGACAGAAAUCCCAGCUGCAGAAGGCGGAGGCAAGGGCCUCGGGGAACCAGCGUGGCCUGGAGCCAGGGAGACCCCCCUGUCGCCUGCCUUUGACCACUCCUCGGUGUCUGCUCCCCCCACCUUGGUUUAACUCAACGUUUCCAAUGAAAACUCAGAAACCGAAGUCCCUGAAGCAGCCGUCGAGUCCACGUCUCUAAGAAUUGGUCUCGAGAGCACCGUUCGGGAACUGCCUGGCGCACGGCCGGCCGUGGGCACAGCUCUCGGGGACAGACUCAUGGGAUCAACCCGGUGGGCAAGGGCGGGACUUUCAUCCCAAACUGAAGCCGGGCAGCUUCCAGGAGCCGAAGGAAGACAGACGCGGGUGUGCUCCGCAGAGGGAGGCGGCCCACGUGAUUUUUAUAGUGAAAAUGACCAGAACAGCCCUUUUGGUAAUCUUAUCGACGACAGAGUCUAUUUAAGCAUGUGGUUUUAAUAAUAGACAGUAUUUUUUAAAAAAAAAGAAAUUGAAAAGGACUUGCAAAUUGUUUUUUUAAAGUAAUUUUGCAUUGCUUGGGAACCUGAGCUUAUUUGCAAAGCCAAGCCCGCCUGGGACCCCACACCGUGGGCGUGGUCUUUAUACGGUAGAUAACGGAGUUUUCUAUCCCCGACCCUGUUUGUAAAGCCAAGGUGGUCCCGUGGCCCCGGUGGUUCCAUGACCUCGUGGCGGGCCCAGGCGUCGGCCGCUCCUGUGAGCCAUUUCAGACUGUACCAAGGAUUCCUAGAUAUGCUGUCCAGGGCCGGCCCGAGGCUGGGACUGGGACAUGUGCCUGUCAUUGUGUGACAUGUGAUUCGUGCCCGUGGCCCCCAAGUGGCUCCUCCCAAGACCCCCCCAAUUAUAUGGGAAGGUCAGAGAGGUGGGCCGGGCAGCUUACGUUCCUUCCCUGGGUCCGUCCCUGGCCACCCCUGGGCCAGCCCCCCACCGCUGCUCCUCCGAAGGCAGGGCCUGCAGCCCCCACCUCACCCACCCCGUCAAACGGACAAGGGAAGGAGGCGGGCCCACCCGUGGCCGCCACGGGGGACGCUCACAGCCCCCCGAGCAGGCGGCCAAGCUCCACGUGCGCCUGAGACCCGGGACCCAGGACAUAGCGGCCGCGCCCGCUCUCUGCGUGGGCCCUUGGCAGGUGGGACCCUGCUCCGGAACCGAAGGACGUCCUGAUAGGACCUGGAGACCUGCAGCAAAGAGCACAGAGAGCGCGGCCGGCCGGGGCCGCGCCUCCCUCCCUGGGGACCAGUCUCCUUCCCCACUCAUGGGCUUUAAAUUAUUCCCAUAGGGGCCAAGUUCAAAUAAUAAUUUUUUUUUUCCCUGAUGGAAUUGACCUUAAUCUGUAUAUAACUUGUAAUUUUUUUCUAAUUUGUUUCUUUUCUUAUUUUAUUUCUUCCUUAACAGUAUUUUUGGCAUUAGACAUUCUUAUUGUGAAGAAAUAAUGUUAAUAUAAGUACCCAGUGAAGGACCAAAA